AUGAACAACCUUGCUCCACCUUCGGAAAGCCCUGCAACUAAGAUUAGUCAUCGACAAGAACCGAAGUCCAGCAAUGAUGAUGUUCUCGCCAACAGUUUGAAAGAGUUGCAAUCCUUGAAUAGACUUCCUCUUCCAAAGCCUGAAAUUCUCUCAGGUAACCCUCUUGACUACACGGCAUGGAGGCGAAGCUACGAUGCAUUGACUGAACAUCGUGGAAUUCCUAUGGCAGAGAGAUUCUACUUUGUCUUGAAAUACCUGACAGGUGAGCCGAAAUCCUUGAUAGAAGGCUACUCUAUGAUCGGCGAUGGCAGAGGUUACCUUAAUGCGAAGGAAGCGUUUGAACAGAGAUAUGGGGAUCCAUUUGUAGUUUCAAAUGCUUACAGAGACAAGCUGGAUGCUUGGCCCAAGGUAGGAUCAAGAGACUCCUUUGGACUCAGGAGAUUCGGAGACUUCCUGAAACAAUGUGAUGCAGCAUCUAAGUAUGUUCCCCACUUGAAUCAUCUUGAUGACGAACGGGAAAAUCAAAACCUACUGAGGAAACUCCCUGAAUGGCUAGUUGUGAAAUGGGGAAGGAAGGUUGUUCAGUGGAGACAGGAUUGGAAAACCUUUCCACCGUUUGCCAUCUUCACAGAGUUCAUUGACGAAGAGGCAACUGUUGCUUGUGAUCCCGUCACCUCUCUUCAAUCUAUGCAGACCUCAAAGGAAAGGAAGAGGUCAACUCAUUCUCGAUCUCAACAGACUGGAACACACAAUCACAAAGAGGGCUCUGCUGAGGAGAAAUAUCUGUCAUGUUUCUUCUGCAAGGGUCAAAACCCUAUUACUGAAUGUUCCUCGUUCAAUUCAGAAACGAUGCAGAAGAAGAGACAGACUAUUAAGGACAAUGGUCUCUGCUUUGGUUGCUUGAGAAAGGGACACAUGUCAAAGAGAUGCAAGAAAAGAAAUACAUGCUCCGUAUGUAAAGGAAAGCAUCCAACUGCUCUACAUGUACAUGAUGACAAAUGGAAGGAGAAGCAUCGGGAUGCUACCAACAGAGAGGGAGUAGUAGUAAAGAAACUCUGGAAUCAAAUCCUCAUGCUUCCCAGUCAGAUUCCUGUCAUUCUAUGA